AUGGCACUGCGGUUUGAGGCCCUGCACCCAGAGGGAAUCUGUCCUGGAUGGAGCAUCGUGGUCAAGGGUGAGACCAGCUCCAGUUCAAGCAUGUUUGAAAUUAAUUUGCUCUGUGAUCCUGGAGAUCAAAUCGCUCUCCACUUUAACCCUCGCUUCUCCAGCUCCAGAAUCGUCUGCAACUCCUUCCUCAACAGCCACUGGGGGCAGGAAGAGGUUAACAACACCUUCCCCUUCAGAGCAAAGGAGCCCUUUCAGGUUGAAAUCUACUCUGAUCAGGACUAUUUCCACAUUUUCAUCAAUGAAAACAAAGUCCUGCAGUACAAGCAUCGGCAGAAGAAUCUUUCAUCCAUCACCAAGCUGCAGAUUCUCAAUGAUAUUGACAUUUCUUCAGUGGAAAUCACCAAACGAGGUCUUUAA